GAUGUAAUGAAGUAAAAGAGGAGUAAAAAAAAAACAUGGCGGAGAACAGUGGCACGGAUCCUGCCGCGGACAGGAGCGCCGAGGAAAAUGCCGCCACUAGCGGGACCGUUAUCAUGGUCACGGUCAAAACACCGAAGGACAAGGAGGAAAUUGCGAUUUCGGAGGACGCCUCGGUGGCACAGUUCAAAGAAGAAAUCUCCAAAAGGUUCAAGGCGAAGCAGGACCAGUUAGUCUUGAUCUUUGCUGGCAAAAUUUUGAAAGACGGCGACACGCUCACUCAACACGGCAUAAAGGACGGCCUCACUGUUCACCUUGUCAUCAAAACCGCACAAAAGGCGCCAAGCGGAAGCUCCACGGCUGCUUCAUCCAGCCCUGGGGCGUCGCAGGUCAGCAGCGGCACCACGACUUCACCAAACGCCAGUCCAGCUGUUAACCUGGGCACAUCGCAGGGCAGUGGGCCAGCACCGGCUCCUACACAGCCAUCUAACAUAUUAACUGGCUUUGGUGACCUGUCCAGUCUGGCCAACAUGGGCAUGGGCUCUGCAAACUUCAUGGAGCUCCAGCAGCAGAUGCAGCGGCAGCUCAUGUCCAACCCAGAGAUGCUUUCGCAGAUCAUGGAGAACCCACUGGUUCAGAACAUGAUGUCCAACCCUGACCUGAUGAGGCAGAUGAUAAUGGCCAAUCCUCAGAUGCAGCAGCUGAUGGAGCGAAAUCCUGAGAUUUCACACAUGCUCAAUAAUCCUGAGCUGAUGAGACAGACAAUGGAGUUGGCGAGGAACCCUGCUAUGAUGCAAGAGAUGAUGCGUAACCAGGACCGGGCGCUUAGCAACCUAGAGAGCAUCCCUGGUGGAUACAAUGCUCUCCGGAGGAUGUACACAGACAUCCAGGAGCCCAUGUUUAGUGCCGCACGCGAGCAGUUUGGAAACAAUCCAUUCUCAGCCUUAGGUGGGAAUGCAGACAACUCUGGGGUCCAGCCCUCCAGGACAGAGAACCGAGAGCCAUUGCCAAAUCCGUGGGGACCACCAGAGACCACUUCCUCUGGAACUGCCACCUCCAGCAGCUCUACUACAAGCUCCACUACCCCCAGUGUGUCCAAUCCCCUUGGCAUUAACUCUGCCAGCUUGGGCUCCGGUAUAUUCAACAGUCCUGGCAUGCAAAGCCUGAUGCAGCAGAUCUCUGAGAAUCCACAGCUGAUGCAGAACAUGCUCUCCGCUCCUUACAUGCGCAGCAUGAUGCAGUCGCUGGCGCAGAACCCAGACGUCGCCUCACAGGUGUUGAUGAACAACCCGCUUUUUGCUGGAAAUCCCCAGCUGCAGGAGCAGAUGAGACAUCAGUUGCCAGUAUUUCUGCAGCAGAUGCAGAACCCUGAGGCCCUCUCUGUAAUGACAAACCCCCGGGCCAUGCAGGCUCUGAUGCAGAUCCAGCAAGGCCUACAGACCCUCCAGACUGAAGCUCCUGGACUCAUGCCUGGUCUGGUUGCCGGAGGAGUUCCUGGCGGUGUUCCUACAGGGGAUAAUGUGACUCCUUCUGAGAGUGUUCCACCCCCCACUUCGGGACCGGGCCCCACCCCUGCUGUUGGAACUAACUCCUCUCAACAGCAACUCAUGCAACAGAUGCUACAGAUGUUUGCUGGCGGAAGCGCAUCGACCCAGACUCCUGAGGUGCGUUUCCAGCAGCAGCUGGAGCAGCUGAGUGCGAUGGGCUUCAUCAACAGAGAGGCCAACCUCCAGGCGCUCAUCGCCACUGGGGGAGACAUCAACGCCGCCAUCGAAAGACUGCUCGGCUCGCAGCCAUCUUAAUCCCUUUACCACCUAAUCACAACCAGAGACAAGUCACAGUCACGAACAUGGUCCCUCAUCACCUAAUAUCUGACGAAUAGACUGAAUUCCACUUGCUUCUUCCUUUAACGCGGUUGAUCUGUGAAUCUUAGGAAAUUGGGGUUCUCAAACUUAUUCCCUUAAAAAAAAAUCAUUGGAAUGACAUCAGGCUAACCCCUCGUUCAUUUCUGACUGCGUCUAUUAAUAAAUUCAACAGGGCAAUGCUGUGAACCAAGUGUAGGUUAUCGUUCAUUUUAAUCGACACAUACUCACUCGAGGCACUACUUCUUCCUGGGUUGUGGGAAGUAGAUAAAGAUAAAGGUCAUCUCCCGAGUCAGAAGAACUUUGUUUUUCAUGAGGAUGGUCUGUUUUCUUGAUCUUAAUUUUUUUUUUCCCCUCUUUCUGUCUUUCUCUCUUUCUCUAUCUGAAAUCAUACCUGACUAAACCAGUAUUUAUUGCAAACAUUUAGAGAUUACCUUUUACUCCCUUAUCAAUGCUCCAGGAUUCACAAAGCUUCUCAUUUGACAUUAAUUGAAAUAUAACCGAGGAAGUCGUUGUCUGAGCAUUUAUAACAGCUUCACGCAGACGAUCGCUUACUCUUCAGCUCUUUAGAGAUGAAAUAAUAAUUUUUUUGUUUUGUUUUUUUGCAAUGAUAUGAGAUACCAGUCAUGUCUUUGCCUUUUAGGAGCAGUCUGAUUGUUUGAAUUGCUGGUUUAAAAAAAAAAAAGAAAAAGCUUAUCAAGCUUGUGGUUUUGGGGUAAAGGUUGUAACAAGGCAUCAAUAAAAAUAAUUUCUCAGCUUACAAGCAACACUGAAAGCAGACACCAUUUUUUUUUGACCAUAUCUUAAUGCUUUGAAAUAGUAAUCUAGUGUGUGGGGGGGAAAAAGACCCGCAUUGUGCGUCGGAUACGUCGUUGUAGAGUUGGUGUAGCGAGCGAGCCUGGUAACAGCAUGAACACGAUGCUUUCCUGUGCACCGAUCUCAGUUCUUAAUGAGUCUAAUGGAACUAACAGUCGAGUUAUUGAUGUGAAUUAAAAUGUGUUCAACUUUU